AUGGGACCGAGGUCGAUCGGGUAUGAUGUCUGUGUUGUGGCUGUGGGUAGGAGAAUUGCUGCUGUUGCUGGAAAGACUGGUAUUGCUGCUGGGCCUGUUGCUCUGGCUCCUGUUCCUCUUGCGCUUGAUUACUUGUUUGCUGUUGAUUCCUUGCUAGCUCUUGAUGCCGUUCUUGCUUUUGAUACUGCGUUUGUUGCUCUUCAAUUUCUUUUCGAGGUGGUGGUGGCGGUGACGAGGACUCGUUAG